GUCAAUACUGUCUGUGUCAGUUUGGUUUGCAUUGCAUUUGCAAGGGAAUUUCUAAAUUUUAAAUAAAUUAAGUACAGUUACUUAGUAAACUUCAUUGUAUCUUUAGACUUGAUAGUUUCUACUACAGUAAAUUUAUUCAAGGAAAAUAUUUAAAGUGCAAAUGUGCGUCUAAGACAAUUACCAAUACAUAAGUUCAGCCACAAUGGAAUCGGAUAUCAUCAACUGGACUAACAAAGAAGUGCAAGAUUUAUUACAUAAAGAGAAGAUUUCCGGCCUUGUGACAGAUAUCUGUAGAACUCAUGAUUUAGAUGGACAGUGUCUUUUAUCUUUCGUGGAUCGGGACUUUUAUGAAUAUCCUUUUGAUCAGCUCAAGUUGGGCGAAAGGAAACGUUUCAUACUUCUCGUUAAAAAGUUACAAAGAAAUAAUCGCAAUGCUAUGUACGAACUAGGUUUAUGUGACGAUCAAAUGCUCGCCAGUGCGUCAACAAAUAUAAAUUUUCUGGGUACUAAUUUGUCACAUUUAAGUUACAAUCUUCAUAACAAAAUUCCGACGGAAUAUUCACGUGGAAGAAAUCCAGAAUUUGUGUCGACAUUCACCCCAGAUGUAAAGGCUUCCAAGUUGAAGCCUGAAGUGUGGAAGACAGCGAUAGCCUUGGGCUAUGUGUUCCUUGUGACGUGGGUGACCGCGGUUGUGAUGGUGAUAGUGCACGACAAGGUGCCCGACAUGAAGAAGUAUCCGCCGCUGCCGGAUUUAUUUUUGGACAACGUUCCACACAUUCCUUGGGCUUUUGACAUGUGUGAGAUCACUGGCUCUUUGUUAUUGGCCAUAUGGCUUACUGUUUUGUUCUUCCAUAAACAUAGGUUUAUUAUCCUCCGGCGGUUUUUCGCCCUAGCCGGUACUGUUUUCCUGCUGCGUUGUUUUACAAUGCUGAUAACGUCUCUAUCGGUGCCGGGGUCGCACUUGAAGUGCGAGCCUCGGUCUUACCCGCCGGCGGACGACCUGACGGUGUGGGGCCGGCGCCUGCGGCAGGCCUACGACAUAUGGAGCGGCGCCGGCAUGUCGGUCCGCGGCGUGCGCACCUGUGGCGACUACAUGUUCUCAGGACACACUGUAGCGCUGACUCUGCUCAAUUUCUUCAUCACUGAAUACACGUCGCGCAACCUCUACCUGCUGCACAUCCUGACGUGGGUGAUGAACAUGUUCGGCAUCUUCUUCAUCCUGGCGGCGCACGAGCACUACUCCAUCGACGUCUUCAUCGCGUUUUACAUCACCUCGCGCCUCUUCCUUUACUACCACACGCUGUCCAACAACCAGGCGCUCAUGCAGAACGACUCCUCUAGGACGAGAAUAUGGUUUCCGUUGCUCUCAUUCUUCGAGUCUGAAGUGGACGGCAUCGUGCCCAACGAGUACGAGGGUCCCGUGACCGUCAUGAGCAACCUGCGCCAGUGGGCAGUGCAGCUGCUGGCCGACGUCAAGGACUCCUCCAUGGCCAAGAUCGCCGGCUCCAAGCUACAAGAGGGCGCGGCUAUGGGAGAAUACUCCGUCGUGCGUCUAGUGGACGGUAUCAAGCGCAACCUCAGCCUCGUCGAAGAGUACAAAAACACCCGCCAGAGACUCGUCACCCUGGACAAAAACAUCCAAGCCUGCAUGCUCGACGACCAACUCGACUCCGAGAUACGCCACCGAAACAUAGCGGAGCUCGCCGGCGAGUCCCUCCUCAAAGACUUCAGCGAUCCCCCGUCACCGGUCCUAAAAAAGAAUAUAUGAAAUAUUGUUUGUACACUUCCUAGAGGCUAUAUUUUAUAGAAAAUGAUCAUUGUAGUUGUAUUUG